AUGUCUGCUUUUUCAAACGUCAAUCAAAUGGAAAACAGCCCAAAUGGUGCCCUUCUCGAAGAACAAUCCACCCCGAAACCCACUCCAGAACAAGACGAGUCGCUGCUCCUCAACACCGAUCUCCCAAUCUUCCUAGCGGAACCCCAAAACGCCUUCGUCGUCAAAAAUCGCCCGGCGACGCUACAGUGUCGUGCUGCACAUGCUCUUAGUCUAUACUUUAAGUGCAAUGGAGCUAAAAAAGUAGAAACUGUCGAAAAUUGGUUCGUGGACCCUCAGACCGGCGUGCGAAUCUUCGAAGCGGAUGCGAACGUUACUCGUGAUAUGGUCGAGGAGUUUUUCGGUAAAGAGAAAUUUAAGUGCGAAUGUUAUGCGUGGAGUGGAAGGGGUAGUAUCAAGAGCCAGCCUGCUACUGUAGAAGUUGCAUGGCCAGUAUAUAAUGAUGCACCUUAUAAUAUUUCGGCUUCUCCCUUAACAGAAUCGCAAGUUACCAAUAAUCUACAAUCAACAUCGGGUACACAACAUAUUGUUCGCACUAAAAAUCUUGAGAAUACGCACUCACCAACAAGCGUAAUAGAUUUUGAAGGAGGCAGUUCAGAUGAGUAUAAUCCUAGUGACGAAGAGGAUGAUGAAAUCAACAAUGCACUUACCACUACAACUAUUUCAACUAGACAAAAAGCCAGAUGGAGAAAAUCAUGA